AUGAAUUUCCUCAAGACUGAAGAGGAUACGUCAUUCAGUGCUACAGGAAAUGACCAGAGUACCAGACCUGAAGCAGCAAAGGGUACUGUCAUGGAGGAGGCAUGUUCUGGCACGCCUGUUGAUCAGUCUCUGUCUGAUACACGAGAAUGUAACAGCACCAUUAAAGUUAAAAGUGAAGUCAGCAAGCAUGAAACAUCCUCUGAACGACAGAACCCACACAUGAGCACCAUUGAGAAAUGUCAUUUCACCUUUAGUUUGAAAGAACACUCCAGGAAGUCAGACCGUAGUGUAUUUACAGCAGUUGGUGGACCCAAUGAGAAUAUCUAUUCAGUUCUGAGUGCUCAUGACCAUUUCAGUGAAAGGUUGGAGAAACAUGUAAAUAAGAACAUCAUUGCUUAUGAAGAAAAAAUAAUAGACGCAUAUAUAAAUUUAGGAAUGCCUCUCAGAUGCCUACCUAGUGGUUCCCAUUUGAAAAUAACAUUUGGUCAAAAAAGGAGUAACCAGGAAGAUGAUCAGUUAUUACGCCCAUGUAAAAAUCCAGAUGUUGAAUGCAUUCUUUUUCACGUUUUUGCUAUUGGGAAGACCAUAAAGAAUAUUCUUAAGAUUAAGGAACUUCAUGAACAAGGAACUACACUUUAUGUCUAUGCCUUGAAGGGUGAGACUAUCAAAGAAGCCCUUUGCAAUGAUGGCCGAUUUCGCUCAGACCUAGACACAUUUGAAUGGAGAGUAAUAGAAGAUAACAAGAAAAUUUAUGGAAAAAAGUCCAUGGUGGAUGAAGUAUCUGGAAAAAUCUUAGAAUUGGACAUUCUUAAAAAACUGUCUAUCAAGAAACGUACCCAUAAAAAAAUUAAACCAGAAGAUGAAAAUGCCACUGAAGAUAUCAGUCCACAGGCUUUAACACAGUCUAAGACCAAAGUCCUUGAACCAGAGAAAGAUGGAGAAACUGAAGAUGUAGAACACAACAGAGAAAAAAUUCUACCAUCUCAGAGUCUAAGGCUUGAUACUAAACGUAAGACAUACUGGUCCUUUUCCAAAGUUAAACAUUACGGUAGUAAAUAUAAACGUUAUAGGAGAAAAAUCCCACCAGUUAGGCGAAGGCUCUCUCCAGAUAGGCAGUAUGCUAUUCAGGAAAUCCAAAGGGAGACAACUGAUCUCUGGGUAAAUAAUUUACAAAUAUUGAACAAAGUUAUGAUGCAUCAGUAUCCAAAUUUUAAUAAAGAGGCACUUCAGAUAAGAAAGUAUUUUCAGGAAGAACAGAAGAGAUUACAACUGUCAGUGUCUAAACAAUUCAGCAUGUAUAAAGAGCACUUUGGAAAAGUGACUGAAAAUUCUACUUCAGUUGCAAUCUGUGAACGUCUGAUUCAUCUUAGUAAGUCAGUUGGGCUCUUGAAAUGGGACAAUAAUGGAAACAAAGGCAGUGGUACUUGCUUUGUUUUCAACAAUAAUAUUAUUUUUACCUGUAGACAUGUUUUUCAUCUCAUCGUGGGAGAAGGUACAGAUCCAAAGUCAUGGCGAGAUAUAAUAAGCACAUGUGCAAAGGUCACUUUUGCUUUUAAAGAGUUCUGCCCUAAGGAUGAUGAUUGGUUUUCCAUCAAGCCAUGGUUUGUGGUGUCUGAUGAAAGUCUAGAUUAUGCCAUUUUAAAACUAAGUGAAAAUGGAAAUGGAUUUCCUCCAGGCCUAUCAAAACAGAUUUUGCCUCAACCAUCCAAUGGUUUACUUUAUUUAAUUGGUCACCCAGAAGGCCAGAUCAAGAAAAUAGAUGGUUGUUAUGUGAUUUCUCUAGAGCAACGGUUAGAGAGGUACAAAGAACAUUAUCCAGAUGGGGUAGUACCAGGAUCCCAUUCAGACAUUUAUAAUGCUCUCCCUAUGUUUACCCAGAAAAGUUUCCUGUCAGAGGUCUGGAGCACUGACACACUUAGUUAUGAUACUUAUUUUUCUACUGGGGCCUCUGGCUCCCCAGUGUUUGACGCGUCUGGCAGGUUGGUUGCUAUGCACUCCUUUGGACAUUUUUAUAGCCGUGGAAAAAAGGCUUAUGCCCUUAUUGAAUAUGGCUAUUCUAUGGAAUCUAUUCUUCGUGAUAUUAAACAGAAAGAUGAGAAGUUGUACAUAUCAUUAAAAGAAGAGAAAAAUGAGAGCCACAAUGAAGAGAACAAUAAACAAGAAUUGUCACUUCAAGAUCAUGAGAUUGAAUUCAUGCAAUAUUAA